CACGUGUUGUUGUGGUCACGUGACUCCAUGGGUCGUGAUGGCGGUGUCCGUGGACAUCAGGCUCAAGAGAGCCAACAAAGUUUAUCACGAAGGGGAGGUUCUCAGCGGCGUCGUGGUGCUUCAGUCCAAAGAGCCCCUCCCUCACCACGGCAUCCUGCUGACUCUGGAGGGGCUGGUGAACCUGCAGCUCAGCUCCAAGAGCGUGGGCGUGUUUGAGGCCUUCUACAACUCUGUGAAGCCCAUCCCCCUCCUGAGCAGCAGUAUCGAGGUCUCUCGCUCGGGGAAGGUUCCUGCAGGACAGACCGAGGUCCCGUUUGAGUUUCCGCUGGAGGCCAAAGGCAACAAAGUCCUGUACGAGACCUACCACGGCGUCUUCGUCAACAUUCAGUACACGCUGCGCUGCGACGUCAAGCGCCCCCUGCUGGCCAAAGACCUGAGCCGCACCUGCGAGUUCAUCGUGCACGGACAGCCUCAGAAGGCCAAAGUGUCUCCGUCCCCCGUCUCGUUCAGCAUCAGCCCCGAGACUCUGCACAACAACCGAGAGAGGGCGUGUCUUCCUCAGUUCUGUGUCCGCGGGCGUCUGGACGCGUCCUGUUGUGUGGUCAGUGAGCCUCUGCGGGGGGAGGUGGUGGUGGAACAGUCCGACGUCCCCGUAAAGAGCAUCGAACUCCAACUGGUGCGAGUGGAGACGUGUGGCUGCGCCGAGGGCUACGCCAGAGACGCCACCGAGAUCCAGAACAUCCAGAUCGCGGAGGGCGACGUGUGCCACGGUCUGCCCAUCCCCAUCUACAUGGUGUUUCCCCGACUCUUCACCUGCCCCACCCUCGAGACGCCCAACUUCAAAGUGGAGUUUGAAGUGAACAUCGUGAUCGUGCUUCAGGACGACCACCUCAUCACGGAGAACUUCCCCCUGAAGCUGUGCAGAGUCUGAGCCCGGCUCUGCUCCUCAGAACAUUCCAGAAGGUCUGAGACGGAGGAAAACAAACCUCAACGCUGUGACACCAACAGAAGGAAGAAGGUUUAAGUUCCACAAACGUCUGACUGUCCACGUUUGUCACCGCUCAAAUCACCAGCUCUUUGGCUUUGUAAAGACCAGGAGGACCUUCAGGAGGACCUUCAGGAGGACCUUCAGGAGGACCUUCAGGAGGACCUUCAGGAGGACCUUCAGGAGGACCUUCAGACCUUUCCAGUGGAGAUGAAAAAAAAACCUUGAAGUGUUUAAAUGUUUUUUUAAUAGUGUAAAAUGUAAAAUCAUGAAACUUAAAAAUAAAGAAUGAACAAAGAGUUUCAUUGAUUCCACAAAA